CCCUCAUCCUCUCGCUAAUUCCAUCUCAUCUCUCUCUCUCUCACAGUGCCUUUCCUCAUUUGCAGAUCAAAAGAGACCUCUUCAUCUACUGAUUCUCACCCAAGGCUUAUAGUAGUAUUCUUAUCUAAGGUUCUGAAACCUCUUUUCCUUUCUUUUAACCACUAGCAACACUUCAUGGACUUUAAGUAGGCAUUUCAAGGUCAAAACAACCCACAAUCCCAUUGCUUCAUCUUUCAGAAAUACCCUACUUGUAAUACUGCUUUUUAGAACAAACCCAUGUAACACUUCUAAUCUGUCAAAGGAAGAAAACCCAUUUUCUGAAAAUUCAUAAUCAAAGAGAAGAUGUCAGCAGCCGUUGCAGCCGCAGCUGCAGCUGCCACAACCGGAGCUUCAAGCAAUUCCUCAACCCAUCACAGCCACAGCCACAACCACACCCAACCCACCAACACCCAACAAGAUUUAUCAAUGGCAACACCAAGCAGAUAUGAAUCACAGAAACGUCGAGACUGGAACACCUUCGGGCAGUAUCUGAAGAACCACCGUCCCCCACUUGCACUCUCUCGGUGCAGUGGAGCACAUGUGCUGGAAUUCCUCCGGUACCUGGACCAGUUCGGGAAGACUAAGGUGCACUCUCCCUCUUGCCCUUUCUUUGGUCACCCACACCCACCUGCACCUUGCCCUUGUCCACUGAAACAGGCAUGGGGUAGCCUUGAUGCCCUUAUUGGCCGCCUCCGUGCUGCCUUUGAAGAGCACGGUGGCCAACCAGAGGCCAACCCUUUUGGCGCACGCGCCGUGAGGUUGUACCUAAGGGAGGUGAGGGAUACACAAGCUAAGGCAAGAGGGAUUGCCUAUGAGAAGAAAAAGCGCAAGAGGCCAUCACUGCAAGGGCAACAAGAAGCUAACUCAUUGGGCGUUGAUGGAAGCAGCAAUAACAAUAGCAAUAGCAAUAGCAGCCACCAUGACAGUGAUGAGGGUGUGAUCAUGUCAACCUCCUUAGCUGUUCUUAAUUAGUAGUAUUUCUAUUUUCCUUAUCUUCUUUGAAUCUUACCUAUUGAUCGAAGUAGACUUAAACCAGAAGAACUCAGAAGUAUAUUUGUAAGAAUUAAUGAUUAGACUUUGUGGCUUUUAUUAGAAUUAAUGUUAAUGUCUUAUCAGUAGUUGGUUAUUUAUAAGGGUUAUGGGGUACUGGCAAACCCCAUGUCUUGUCAAGUAUGGGUACUUUCAGUGCCUUUGCAAAUUUGGGUACUUGCUCAUCUUUCUAUUACUAGUUGUAAUUCAGUAUUCCCUUCUUGUUUUA